AGUUCGCCUCAAAAAGUCGGAGUCUAAAGACCUUAUGUGAAAAAGGCCGCCGGAGCAUUGAGUGUUUGGUUGUGUGAAAUAUCAGUCCAAAUAUUUAAAAAAAAGACAAAUAGAUGAAUACAUAUACAAAAAACUGUUCAGUGUAUAGUGCGUGAGAUUAGAAUUGUCAUCAAACAUGACUGAAGACUUUAGUCACAUGUCGCCGAAAGGCUACCAGCUGCAGGGGCCGAAUGAGCCCCAGAAACUUCAUUUGCAAGAGAAAGAGGCGCCCAAGCUGAGGAAAACGCCUCGACCCUUUCGUGACAACCUGCGGGAGUUCAUGUCGAACACCACGCUCCAUGGGUUCCGGUAUAUCCUGGAUGAUCAGUACACGUGGGUGGAAAGGUUAUGGUGGGUGGUGAUGGUGAUAACCAGCGUGGUGGUAUGCGCCAUCUUCAUCCACAAGGUGUGGGUCAAAUGGGACGAGACGCCGGUCAUCGUCUCCUUCGCUGACACCUCCAACUCCGUGUGGCAUAUUCCUUUCCCAGCUGUAACCUUGUGCAGCGAGACAAAGCCUCGACAGAGAGUGUUUAACUUUACCAAAGCAUCUUUCGAUCGAUGGGCUGAUCCUACGACCAUCAGUCCUGAAGAUUUGCAAACUUAUUACGACAUGUUGUUGUUAUGUAACAACGAUCGAAGUGAUGGUCCAGAUUUUGCCAAUGUGAGCGCUAUCAAAACUCUACAGAGGCUGGCGCCAACCCUAGACGAGGUGUUCCUAGCGUGCCUGUGGGAUAACCUGACGUGUCCACAGAUGUUCACCCACACGCUCACCAAGGACGGCUACUGCUUCACCUUCAACAUGCUCUCCGCUGAAGAGAUGUUCCGAAUGGAGAAUCUUCACAAGGAUUAUUAUCACGUAGCAGGACAUAACAGAAGCGAAUGGACUUUAGAAAGGGGAUAUCCUCAAGACGCUUCCGUCAACACCUACCCUCUAAGAGGUCCGAGUUAUGGAGGUGUGGAGUUCGAGGUUAUUCUACUGACGGACAUUCGAGAUUUGGAUCAAGUUUGCCGAGGACCCGUGCAAGGAUUUAAAAUCUGGCUCCACAACCCGGCAGAGUUACCAAACAUGGGCCAGAACUUCUUCCGUCUACCCAUCAAAUUUCAAUCCGCCGCGGCUAUCACCCCUAGAGUCAUGGACACUUCAGAGGGGCUGAGGCACUAUCCUCCGCGCAAGCGUCAGUGUUACUUUCCGGAGGAAAGGUACCUCCGCUUCUUCCGGACUUAUACCCAGAGGAACUGCGAGCUGGAGUGUUCUUCCAACCACACUGCGAGGCGGUGCGACUGUGUGCCUCUGUAUAUGCCUCAUGGCCCGGAGACGAAAGUAUGCGGCGGUGGCAAAAAGAGUUGCAUAAUUCAAGCUUUAGAGGAGCUCUCGCUAUCCAAGUCCUCGUUAAAACCGGAGUCGAAGGAGGAAGUCCACCAAUGCGACUGUCUGCAAGCUUGCACCGAGUUGAAGUAUGACGCUGAGGUGUCCCAGGCGGUGUACGACCUCACCACUUACAGGAGGAAUCCUAACCCUGAUAUUGCUAAUGAAUCGAGGCUACCGUCAGGGCUGGUGGUCUACUUCGCCGAGGAGUUGUUCACGUCACUGCGCCGCUCGGAGCUGUACGGCGGCGUGGACUUCCUCGCCAACUGCGGCGGUAUCAUGGGGCUGUUCAUGGGCUUCUCCUUCCUUAGUCUUGUUGAGAUCAUCUACUAUUUCACUAUGAGAUUAUGGUGUCAAAUACGAAGGUCUGCUACAGUUGUUGCAGCAGAGUAAAUUAAUGAAGUACCUACGGUAUCUACUUACUUAAUUAGUUAUAAGUUUUGAAUCUCGAGUUGUGG